AGCCAUCAUCUUCAUUCAUCUCAGCGGUAUUCAACAUUCAAGCUUUCAGUUUGCGAACGCCGAACAGCUGCUCACCUCACUCGGAACAAUUUUAGCUUCAACCAGUAAUCCCCGGAUGAUUAUUCAAUCCGCUGACCUCUUACGGAAUGCCCACAAACUGUUCGUAAUAUUUCCCAAACGGAAAUUUUCAGCCAGAACCUCAAUUUACAAUGUAACUCAGGAACCGCAUUCUCAAGGCCCAGCCCGCGUCCCGUUUGGAAUUGAAAACGAUGAUGUGGUGUCAUGGACAUGGACAAUCUCAGAUUUUGUAAAGAAGAACCAGCCACAAAAGGCCAUUGGUCUAUUCAAAAGAAUGCUUAUGAGUAAUCAAAGGCCGAACUAUGUCACAGUUCUCAGCUCCAUUCAAGCAUCUUCUUUUAUGGGUUCGGAAAUGCUGGGGAUGGAGAUUCACUCUUUUGCUGUAAAAAUGGGAUUUCAAUCAGAAACACCUAUUAUUACAGCACUUCUUGGUUUUUAUUCUGUUUGGGACAUGGGAUCUGCAUUUAAGCUGUUUCUACUGGCACCAGAGAAAGAUGUUAUUUUGUGGAGUGCAACGAUAUCUGCUUUUGUAAAGGCUGGAGAGUAUAUCAUGGCCAUUGAUCUUUUUAAAGAAAUGCAAUUGUGUGGGGUUGAACCAAACUAUGUUAGCAUUUUGAGUGUCAUACCUGCUUGUGCCAACCUUUCUGAUUUGAGAAGUGGGAGAGAACUACAUGGGCUUUCCAUCAAAAGGUCGUUUAUCUCUCAUCUUAAUGUUCAGAAUUCACUCUUGGAUAUGUAUGCUAAGUGUGGGAGCUUAAAUGAGUCUAUUAGCAUUUUUGAAAAUAUAGAAAGGAAGGAUCUUGUUUCAUGGAAAAAUAUUAUUACUGGGUGCAUUAAUAAUGACUGUCCAAGAGUAGCCUUGAACUAUUUCCAAGCAAUGCAGAUAUAUUGCUUCGAGAUGGAUGAGAGAAUCAUACGGGAGGUAAUUGGAAUGUCUUCCAGAUUGGAUGAUACAAAAACUGGUCAAGGAAUCCAUAGCUUUGCACUAAAAUCUGGAUUUUUGGAAUGUGUGUCUGUUGUCACUGCACUUCUUCAAAUGUAUGCUACCUCUGGUAAUAUUGAAUCAGCAAGGAGUUUAUUCGAUUCACUUGGGCAAAAAGAUAUCAUUGCUUGGAGUGCAAUGAUCUCAGCUUAUGCUCAAACUUACUGCAAGCUUGCUCUUCAAUGGCAGCACAAGAUUUUGGAGAAGCUGUACAUGCACAGUCAUUGUGGCUUAGAAUAUGAGGCAUGGAACUGGUUCCAUGCGAUGGAAGAGAAGUAUGAUAUUACACCAAAACUUGCGCACUAUGCUUGUAUGGUGGAUAUGCUUAGUCGUCAAGGGAAUGUAGAACAAGCUCUUGAGUUUGUGAAUAAAAUGCCCAUCGAGCCAGAUAAGCGGAUAUGGGGAGCUGUGCUUGCUGGAUGUAGAAAAACUCAUGGAUCAAUUUUGGUACACAGAAAUUUGAAAAGGAUGGAUCUGGAGGCUAAAGCUAAACCUCCCAUCGCCACCGCCCUCCACCAUGCCCACCGCUUCUCUCACUGCUCCCUCUGCUUCUCUCAUCUCCCUUUCGCCCCAAAUUUCUGUACCCAUCAAGUCCCCGCCUCUUUCCUUCGUUACUGCUCCCCUCACGGCUCUUCCAUCGACUCUCCCAUCCUCUUCUCUUCCGCCGCAUUCCACCUCCUUCGCCACUCUCCUGCUAUCAUGGACACCUCCGGCCUCUGCCUCUCCCUCCGUCUCCUCCGCCGAUUCCAAAUUCUUUGUCUCGUUUCCGGAAACGAUGGUGUUUUGGACAGGACCGGAGGUUUGAUGACCAACCACGAGGAAUUGUUGAUGAUGGUGGACACUCGUGAGGAUGUGGUCACCAAUGAGGUGUUUGAGAGAAUCAAAGAAGGCUCUAGAGCUAUGGCAUUUGCAAGGAGGAUGCUGAGCAAUCUGAAUUCGGAAUCUCCUUUGGCUGGAGACUGUGAUUUGGAGGAGGCUGUGCUAACUAAUUCCGUGGAGGUUCUCAACAAUGCCCUGCUCCAUAUUUGCUUCGCCAUGGUGUAUACAUCCAAAGUACACACAGAUGGUGAUGGUGGAAAUGGAAGUGAACAUAUCAACACUAGUUCUAAUUUCAAAUUCUUAUCGUCACUGGGGAGUGAGAAAGAAUGUGGCCCGAGACCGAGAUUGUUUGUUCGCAGCAUAAAGGAUAUUAAGAAAGGAGAGGAGCUGCUAAUAACAUACACAGACUUGUUACAGCCUAAGGUAGUAAGGGGAUGAGACAAUCUGAGCUGUGGUUAAAGUACCGAUUUCGUUGCUGUUGCGAUAGAUGUAAUGCUGAACAUAUGUGGAUCAUAUUUUGGAGGUGAUGAAGGAACUUUCUUUUAGGAAUCUUGAGUGUUCAGCCUUGACCACUAGUAGCAACUUUUCAUUGGGAUUUUACCGUGGAGAAGUUGGUUGAAUG